GCCCCUCUCCGCCGGCCCCUGGCUGCGCCCCGGGCGCUAUGGCCAUGGUGACCGGCGGCUGGGGCGAGGCGGACGGCGGCGGCGAGACCAACGGCGUGGAGAAGGGCUACCCGCGCCACUCGGAGGACGACUCGGCGUCCCCGCCCGGCGGCCCCAGCGACCAGGAGCACGGCGGGAGUGGCGGCGGCGGCGGCGGCGGCGGCGAGGACGACAAGGCGGCGGUUCCGGUGGACUGCGUGGUGUGCGGCGACAAGUCCAGCGGGAAGCAUUACGGCGUCUUCACCUGCGAGGGCUGCAAGAGCUUCUUCAAGCGCAGCAUCCGCCGCAACCUCAGCUACACCUGCAGGUCGAACCGGGACUGUCAGAUCGACCAGCACCAUCGCAACCAAUGCCAAUAUUGCCGGCUGAAGAAGUGCUUCCGCGUCGGCAUGAGGAAAGAAGCCGUCCAAAGAGGCCGGAUCCCCCCCAGCCACGCGAGCACCAGCCCCAAUGCCCUGCACAGCGGGGACUACUUCAAUGGGCAGCCAGUCUCGGAACUCAUCUCCCAGCUGCUGCGGGCCGAGCCCUAUCCCACCGCCCGCUUCAGCUCCCAGUACGCCCAGCAGGGCAGCGUGAUGGGCAUUGACAACAUCUGCGAGCUGGCAGCCCGGCUGCUCUUCAGCACGGUGGAGUGGGCGCGCAACAUCCCCUUCUUCCCGGACCUGCCCGUCUCGGACCAGGUGGCCCUGCUGCGCCUCAGCUGGAGCGAGCUCUUUGUCCUGAACGCCGCCCAGUCGGCCCUGCCGCUGCACAUGGCCCCCUUGCUGGCAGCCGCUGGCUUCCACGCUGCCCCCAUGUCUGCCGACCGCGUGGUCUCCUUCAUGGACCAGAUCCGCAUCUUCCAGGACCAGGUGGAGAAGCUCAACCGGCUGCAGGUGGACUCGGCCGAGUACAGCUGCCUCAAAGCCAUCGCCCUCUUCACGCCAGACGCCUGCGGCCUCUCGGACCCCGCGCACGUGGAGAGCCUCCAGGAGAAGGCGCAGGUGGCACUCACGGAGUACGUCCGCUCGCAGUACCCCUCCCAGCCUCAGCGCUUCGGCCGGCUGCUCCUACGUCUCCCAGCGCUGCGGGCCGUCCCGGCCUCCCUCAUCUCUCAGCUGUUCUUCAUGCGGCUGGUCGGGAAGACGCCGAUUGAGACGCUCAUCCGAGACAUGCUGCUUUCCGGCAGCACCUUCAACUGGCCCUACGGGACUGGGCAGUGAGCCCUGCCGGGCGGGCGGGCACCUGUGCCCGCAGGCCUCCCGACAGCCUGGAUGUCCGUUUUCGGCCGCCCUCCUCCCUGGCUGAGACUUUGAACGAUGCGAUUUGUGGUGCGAUUUGGCUUUCGCAGGACCCACCUUUGGGGAGGGCCAAGGCUGGAGAGGCUCCCCCUCAGCGGCUGAGAACGAAGGCCUCUUGCCCACCCGUGCCAGAGAGACCGAGGCGGGACGGCCCUGAGUCGGCGGUUUUUCUCUCCUUCUGAAUGGCCCCUUCUGCUUCUUCCGGGUUUCGUCCCAGCUGUCCCCGUGCCACAUUUCCAGCUGAAGCUGGAGGGGGGCCUUGGUGGUCCAGGGAGGGCUCCGCCUCCCACCCCCCGUUGAUUCUUCCCAGCAUUCGCAUGAGCACCUUGGAUGGGAUCCGGAACAGCUUGCUGGCUGUCUGGCAGCGUUCCAGAAGCCCUUUGGGUCCAGCCACGUCUCUCCCUCCAUCUGUGUUCUGCCCCCUUGGUGGGGGGCUGGCAAGGCUCAGAAGGCUCCCCAAAGAGGCCAGCAAGUUGAGAGUGCGGGGUGGGCACAGCCGGCUUGCAGCCCCAGUUUGCGGCUGCAAAGGGCCUGUUGAGGGAGGGGCACCGUCCUGCCCACUUGUGUCCCCAAACAGCGACUGAGUCACCCCAAGGCUGUUCAAGCCCCCACUUGCAUGGUGUCCUCAUGCAGUCACGCCGCCCCCUUCAGGACCCCUGUGCCGCCCCCUCAGAGAUUGCCCUCCCAUCCUCGGAGAGGAAGCGCCAAAGAGAACAGGCGUCUUCAGAACGCUCCCCAGGCAAAUGCAGGGGCUUCCUGCCCUUCUGCAUCAGGCCCAGAAUUCGGCUGUUUCGGGAGCUGGUGGCAUCGGCUGAAUUGUGGCAUCUGCAUUUAAGGAGCUGGGGCCCCAUGAGCAAAGGCCACACUGGGACACGGCGUGCUGUCCUCUGCGCACGCGGGUUGCAACUGGCGGUGGAGGGUGCCCUGGCGUGUGUGGCGGGCCUGGGGCCUGGCCUUGCCCUGGUGGUGCUGGCAGCCUGGUCCCCAACUCUCCCAGGGGCCGUGUGGCCCUUGGCCGGUCAGCAGGGACAGCCUCCGCCUGGGCAAAGUGGUUGCCCCCGUUGGGCAAAUUCCCUUGAACAAAACCUAGUGGGAGGCUGUUGAUCCUGUCAGUUAGCUGCUGCUCUUCCUGCGCCCCCCAUUUUAAUUUCUGCCUUCCUUGUUCAAGGCCCCCCUCCCUCUUUUUAAAAUCCGCAAUGGAAACCCUCCUCCCCUGAAGCAAGGCUCUGGCAGGCUGUGUUUCUGCGGCCUGCCAGCUCCCCCGUUUGUGAAGACGCUAUGCAAAAUGUUGGACUGCAUGCCCUCGGAAUCGACGCGCGAGCCCACGGCCAUUUCCCUCUCUCGCCCCGGUGUUCUGGCGGCCUUCGCUGGAUGUCAGUUUGACUAAAAUCUGUUUUCUCACUUGUGGCCUUCCCCCCCCCCUUUUUUUGUUCUUUUCCAAUUACCCAACCUGCUUUCCGAUCUCCGUGUGUAUAUGAUGGUCUCGUCAAAGAGCCUGUGAUGGAAAUUGCCAUUGAACCCAUUUUACAGAUAGAGGAAACUGAGGCCAAGAGGCUGGCUUUUCUUAAGUCACUGAGAGUGGUGGGACUCGAUCUCAGGUCUCUGACAUCUAAAGUACCAAUUGUAAUCUAUGCAAACUUUCCUCCCUCCAAAUUCCAGAUCAAGGAAGCUCCAGUUCUGUGCUUGGAAUAAAAAUAUUUGGGUA